UUUUAUUUAAAGCUUUAAGAGAUAUUCUAAAGAUGAGAAGACAGAAAUCACAAAGCAGAAACAAAAAGGUCCCAAAGAAAAAAAGAGAGUAAAAAUCUCUCUAAAUUGAAAAAAAAAAACAGAGCUUUUUUGCUUCAUCACCUAAGAGGAAUAAACCUAGUGGACCGACGGAAACAACCACAACCACAAAUACGUGGUCUAUAGUGAUUAACCUUCUUGCAAGUCAUCGAAAACUCGGCUAAGCUUGAGGAUUCUGGAUCUAUCUUAAUCAGACUCAAGGACGUUUGUGCAGAAAUUGGAGGCUCAAGGUAUGUGGACAAAGUUUUAAUGGACCUGGAACGUGAGCGCAAUGAACUGUACAAGAGGAAACUGAAAGACGCUACAGAAGACAGAGACGACAAGAUACAAGAGAUAAUUUCUACUGAAUCAGAAAUAGGUGACCUGAUAAACAAAUUGGGACAGGGCUCAUAUACUAGACAGCCUGAAGAAGGCCGGAACUUGAACGAGAAGCUUGCACCUAUUCGUGAUGCAUAUAAAGAGCUCCAGGGUAAGAUGUAUCAAAGAGAGGACGAGUUCAGAGACGUUCUUCUAAAAAUUGAGGAUAUCAAAUUUGCCUUGAAAGGUGUAGGAGGUCCUAAUGUUUCCUCGUUGAUUGCAUCUUUGUCGGACUACUCUGAUAUAAAGCUUGCACAUUAUUGGCAUGAGCUUGACAAACUUCAAACUGAGAAGAGCGAACGUGUGCAGCAGAUUAAUAGCCUCCGGAGUACUUUGAACUCAGAUUGUUCCGUACUUGGAAUGGACCCGACUGCGUCUGAUCUCCCAGGAGAAAGCAUAAGUAACAAAACAACUAAUCAUCUGAUGGCUGCAGUUGAAAAACUGGGGAAAAUUAAGAGAGAAAGAAUCGAAAGGAUUAGAAAGUUGGGAAUAACCUUGUCUGGCCUGUGGAUGUUGUUGAAAACAACCACAGAAGAUCAACAAAGGUUUCAACAUAUCAUCUCCAACUCCAACCGUGGUGCACUAGCCGGUAGUCUCUCUGAAGCUACCAUUAAAGAGGUUGAAGAAGAAGUUCACCGAUUACAAUUACUGAAGCUAAACAGUGAUAAACUUGUUCUCGCUAAAAGGGCUGAGCUGAAAAAAUUAUACAAGAACACACAUUUGUUGGCAAAUUCCGAAAUUGACACAUUGGACCUGGAGAAUCUUUAACAAGAAAUUUUGAAGAUCACCAAUGAUACCAUAAGCUGGAAAAGAAUGGUUAAAAAGUACGAGGAAUGGAAAGAUCACUGGACCGCAGAGAAUUCGCUUCCUGCUCAAGAGAUUGAUAAAGAUCGAUUCAACCUGCCGGCUCUUCGUAAUGAAAUAGAGAAAAAUCGUCAAAAGGCUGAGAAGCUUCCAGGGAUGUCUAAAAACCUGAUAUUGGAGACAAAAACUUGGGAAGAAGAUAAGGGGAUUGAAUUUCUCUACGAUGGUGUCCGUAUACUGUCUGAGAUUGAGGAGUAUAUGUCAACAGCUGCCACGAGAGAGGAAAUAUGGCGUCAGGAACGGGUCACAAAUAAGCUGGGUCAGAGAAAGUAGGCCGGUGGUGCAACUAUGAACCAACCAAAGACUAGCCUUCGGAGCAUAGCAAACUAGGAGGAGAAAGAUUUGGUUUCAAUGUUUGAACUUUGAAGGAAGAAAACAGAGUAGAGAGAAGAAACAAAACAGAGACAGUGUGGUUUUUUUUUUAGAUUCAAUAACAUGUGAGAAUAAAAUUAGGUUUAGGGAAUUUGAAAUCUUGAGUGGGGUGAUUUAGAUUUCUGAUGAAGCAAAGGGAGAGAGAUUCGAAGCUUAAAACCAUGUGUUCUUCUUGCACAUAAAAGAAGAAGUAUGAUGAUUAUGAAAUCUUGAGUGGGGUGAUUUAGAUUUGUGAUGAUGCCAUUAUGAGCAA